AUGCAAAAAGAGGCCGGCGACUUUGUGGACCUGUAUGUGCUGAGGAAAUGCUCCACAAGCAACCGCAUCAUUGGUGCUAAGGACCAUGCAUCCAUUCAGAUGGGCAAGUCAGAUGAUUCUAUUCUCCAACUGGCUAAGGCUGAUGGAAUUGUCUCAAAGAGCUUUUGA